AGAGCUGGUCAUUAGCGAAUGAAGUUGUGGGUCCAACCAUUCUUCCCUGCUGGUGAGAGUGAUUAGUCGAUAAUUAGCGGUCGGAUCCUGAUGCAGGGCUCUGGACGGUACUUCCAGGGGAGGAUUGCAGAAGCCAUUGUAAGUAUAGCUGAAGGAUCCUCUCGUUCCGGGCCUCUGCACCAAGUCCAACCAAUCAUUCUCAGACGCAGACCAAACAUUUUAGCGGCAGGCUCUAUCUGAGAUUCAAACAUUGAUGGUGGUGCCCAGCAGCAUAAAAUCCCUGAAACGAGGGCCAUAUGGGAAAGGUUCGAACCUUGUGGUCCAGGCCAGUUGAGCGAUACGGCGGUGAAGCAUGUAGCAUUCGGAAUAAAAAUGAGUUUUACUGAAUGCGGGGGCACGAAAGGGUCAGAGCCGUGUGAUUCUCGCUUGAACGCUUGUGGCAGUCGUCGAGUGGGGCAGUGCAGCCGCUUGAGUUGAGGAGUGCUGAUGGAUGAGGAGAAUGGUGACAGAAUAUGUGAUAUGACGCGAACUGCUUUGUCUCCUCGCUCAUCGGAGCAGCAGCCUAAGUUGCUGGAGGGAGCAGAAGAAUGUACCACAUUCUGUGACUCUGCGAAGCUUGAAAUUGCCCCUCACGGCUUUUGCUCAAGAACAGGGUCAGCAAUGCGGAAGCAAAUGGUUUAAAUGGGAGCAUCGUCCAUGGAUCUCCUACCUCCUGCACUUCUAGCUGUGCCGUCUCUACAAUUCAACUCCUGCUCUUCCUCGGAGGAGUUUCUCCACCACUUCUCCCAAGUGAAUGGAGAUUGCAAUUGUUGGUUGACAUGUGCAAAGCUCUGCUAGUUCAGAGCUUGCUCGAAGACACGGAGGUGGAUUGUCUGGUGCUCUGAGUGUGCCUUCCAAGGCAUCUUGUCGAGAAUCAGUAUCUAUGGAGGGGAAAUCAGAAGGCACAAUGGAUGACUUCGAUUCUCUGACCAAUGAGGCAGUGGACCUGGAACAUGUUCCCAUUGAAGAGGUCUUUACUCAGCUUCGAUGCUCCAGGGAGGGCCUUACCCAGGCCGAAGGGGAGUCUCGCAUCAAGAUAUUUGGUUUUAAUAAACUGGAGGAGAAAUCGGAGAGCAAAAUUCUCAAAUUUCUCGGAUUCAUGUGGAACCCCUUAUCAUGGGUCAUGGAGGCCGCUGCUGUCAUGGCUAUCGCCUUGGCUAAUGGGGGUGGCAAGCCUCCAGACUGGCAGGACUUCAUCGGUAUCUUAACGCUUCUGGUGAUAAACUCCACGAUCAGUUUCAUCGAGGAGAACAAUGCCGGAAACGCAGCUGCUUCGCUUAUGGCUAGACUGGCUCCUAAAACCAAGGUGUUACGAGAUGGAAAGUGGUCAGAGCAGGAUGCCGUCAUACUUGUUCCCGGAGAUAUCAUCAGCAUCAAAUUGGGAGACAUCGUUCCUGCAGACGCACGUCUUCUCGAAGGAGAUCCUUUAAAAAUUGAUCAGUCUGCUCUCACCGGUGAGUCGCUUCCAGUUACAAAGAAAUCUGGAGAUGAAGUCUACUCGGGAUCAACAUGCAAGCAAGGUGAACUAGAGGCGGUUGUCAUAGCUACCGGAGUCCACAGUUUCUUCGGAAAAGCUGCGCAUCUUGUAGACAGCACACACCAAGUGGGCCACUUUCAGAAGGUGCUCACGGCGAUUGGAAACUUCUGCAUUGUGUCCAUCGCCAUAGGCCUUCUGGUUGAAAUCAUCGUCAUGUUUGCGAUUCAACAUAGAAAAUAUCGGGAAGGUAUCGACAAUCUUUUGGUUCUUCUCAUCGGUGGCAUACCCAUUGCGAUGCCCACGGUUCUCUCUGUGACGAUGGCCAUCGGGUCUCAUCGACUAUCUCAACAGGGAGCUAUUACAAAAAGAAUGACAGCCAUAGAGGAGAUGGCUGGCAUGGACGUACUGUGCAGCGACAAAACUGGAACUUUGACUCUGAACAAGUUGUCCGUCGACAAGAAUCUCAUUGAGUGUUUCACAAGAACCGCAGACAAAGACUUCGUGGUACUAUCCGCAGCCAGAGCCUCCCGAAUAGAAAAUCAAGAUGCCAUUGAUGCAGCGAUUGUCAAUAUGCUCAAUGACGUCAAAGAGGCCCGUGAAGGUAUACGAGAAGUUCACUUCCUUCCGUUCAACCCCGUUGACAAACGAACCGCCAUUACCUUCGUGGACAGCGAGGGAAAGUGGCAUAGAGCGAGUAAGGGAGCCCCGGAGGAGAUCCUGGCGUUGGCGCAAAACAAGGACAAGAUAGCCGCCAGAGUUCACUCAGUGAUAGAUAAGUUUGCCGAGCGUGGGCUUCGAUCACUCGCCGUUGCAACGCAGGAGAUUCCCGAGAAAACGAAGGAAAGCGCUGGAGGUCCAUGGGAGUUCCUUGGCCUACUCCCAUUGUUCGAUCCACCUCGUCAUGACAGUGCGGAGACCAUCCGUCAAGCUCUCAAUCUGGGAGUUAAUGUCAAGAUGAUUACUGGGGAUCAGCUGGCUAUUGCCAAAGAGACGGGUCGUAGGCUGGGCAUGGGAUCCAACAUGUAUCCUUCUUCAGCGCUUCUUGGAACCCACAAGGACGAGUCUGUUGCAGCAUUGCCCGUAGAUGAGCUGAUCGAGAAUGCAGAUGGAUUCGCUGGAGUCUUUCCCGAGCACAAGUACGAAAUUGUGAGGCGCUUGCAAGAAAAGAAGCACAUCUGCGGAAUGACAGGAGACGGAGUCAACGAUGCGCCUGCUUUGAAGAAGGCAGACAUUGGAAUUGCAGUUGCUGAUGCCACUGAUGCAGCGCGCAGUGCCUCAGACAUCGUCCUCACUGAGCCUGGGCUAUCCGUGAUUAUCAGUGCAGUGCUCACUAGCCGUGCCAUUUUUCAGAGGAUGAAAAAUUACACGAUCUAUGCGGUGUCCAUCACUAUCCGUAUAGUGCUUGGUUUCUUGCUGCUCACCCUGAUUUGGAAGUUCGACUUCUCACCAUUCAUGGUCUUGAUUAUUGCCAUCCUCAACGACGGUACAAUCAUGACCAUAUCAAAGGAUCGAGUGAAACCUUCUCCACUGCCUGAUAGUUGGAAGCUCCAAGAAAUCUUUGCACAAGGCGUUGUUAUUGGUACAUACCUGGCAGUCAUGACGGUAGUUUUCUACUGGGCUGCAGAGAAGACCGACUUUUUCGAAAGCCAUUUUGGAGUACAUUCACUAAGGGGACAGAAUGAAGAGAUGACGGCAGCUGUGUAUCUUCAAGUUAGCAUCAUUAGCCAAGCUCUUAUUUUCGUCACCCGAUCCAGAAGUUGGUCCUUUAUUGAAAGGCCAGGGCUUCUGCUUUUUGGAGCUUUCUGGAUUGCACAGCUGGUUGCAACUCUAAUUGCAGUUUAUGCGAACUGGACCUUUGCUCGAAUCAAGGGCAUUGGCUGGGGCUGGGCCGGUGUCAUCUGGUUGUACAGCAUCGUGACCUAUGUUCCACUCGAUGUUAUCAAAUUCUCUGUCAGAUACAUCUUGAGUGGAAAGGCAUGGGACCUGAUGCUGGAGCCAAGGACUGCAUUCACUUCCAAGAAGAACUUUGGUCAGGAAAAUCGUCAAGGUCAGUGGGCACAGCAACAACGAACGCUUCAUGGCCUUAGCGACCAUAUUGUAAUUGGAAGGACAGGUUCCACUGACUUCAAAGGAAUCCCAGAAUUAGCUGGAGAAGCCAAAAGACGAGCAGAGAUGGCAAGACUACGGGAGCUAAACACACUCAAAGGACAUGUCGAUGCGGUUGUGAGACUGAAGCAGAUAGACAUUGCAGCUAUUCAACAAGCUUACACUUUGUGAUCGAAUAAACCAGUUCAUUAAUGCUCUUGUAGAUAACGUACUCAACAAAUUCAUUUUCACAUACAAGAUUCAUAACUUAGAAGAAACACCCUAGAGAUAUUGAUUUCAUUAACCUCAUGGAGAAAUAUGUUGGUUUAGUGAACGUAGGUCUUUCAGGAGGCAAAUUCUCGCACUCUUGCCGGUGUUUAGCUCUUGGAAUUGAAAUAAAUGGGUCUCGUUUCUCUUACGAUUCA